UAGGCCUACAUGUGUCUACUUUUUGACCCCGGUCAGAUCUGUCCAGCGUGAACUCGCCGCGUUAUGCACUCGCGCCUAGCACAGUAGACCCGUGCACUUGACUCCACAGCCCAGACGAUUCACUGCACAGACGAUACAAACAAAAUGUCCAGAUUCGCUACUCGUCUUUUUGCGGUCGUUUUCCAAGCUCCUGUUAGAAAUAUUGCGUUACCAAGAAAAAACUCAGGAAUGGUGCGCCUUUUAAGCACAAGUAACGCUGUUCACUCUCUCACUCGCUAUAAUGAGACCACGGACUGGCAAAAGAAGCUGAGCCCAGAGGAGUAUGUGGUGACCAGAGAGAAGGGGACCGAGGAGCCCUUCAGUGGCCUCUACCUCAACCAUAAUGAAGUGGGAAUGUACCACUGUGUCUGCUGUGAUGCCCCGCUCUUCAGCUCAGAGGCAAAGUAUGACUCUGGUACAGGCUGGCCCUCAUUCAGAGAGGCUCAUGGGACAUGGGAGGGGGACGAGAGCCUCACGUCCAUCAUCCGUCGCCCUGACAACAGCUUGGGCAGCGCUGGCACAGAAGUCCUUUGUAAAAAUUGUGACGCUCACCUUGGACAUGUCUUUGAGGAUGGACCAGACCCAACUGGACACCGGUUCUGCAUUAAUAGUGUGGCCCUAAAAUUUAAACCCAGAGACAAUAACAAACCUGAAGAACACUGAAAACACUUCGGCUAAAUCAGCAAAAGACAAUGUUCAUAUUUUCUUCACCUUGCUCUACAUUUUUACAGAAACUCUCCUCAUAAGUUUACAUUUUCUGAUAUUAAAUGAAGCUGUAAUUAAAUCAUUGAAGAUGCUGAUUAUAUACCCAGAAUGCAUGU